AUGUUCAGGACUUAUCCGCAAGCAUGGCUUGCGUUAUUGUUGCUUGUACUUUUACGAACCACCACUUCCGUCUUUCAAUUCACCUACAGUGUGAUUCCAGGCAUUACUGGACAGUUUUUUAACGUCUCCUUGACUGCCGUCAAUUGGCUCUUAAAUAUACAAGGCAUGAUCUACGUUAUUGUGAGCUUCUUUACAGGAUGGAUAUUCGAAAGACUCGGCGUCAAGCGUUCAUUGAUUACGGCAGGUCUUAUUAGUACCUUGGGCGCUGCCAUUCGAUACAUCGCCACAAAGACCGAACCAUCCUCAUUUGCCCUGGUGAUGGUUGGUCAGGUCAUAGGUUCCGCGGCUGCUCCGUUGGCACUCAACAUCAUGACUAUGUUUGCAUCUAUAUGGUUUACAGAGAACUUACGAGCCACUGCCGGAAUGUUUGUUGCAUCCAAUUACGGUGCAAUUCUGGGGAUGUUUUUGAUUCCAAAUAUCGCUACUGAGGCAAAAGAUGUGUCGUUCACGACAAUGAUUGUUGCUCUCAUGUGCGCUGCCACUUUCGUACCACUACUUUUUAUGCCGGCAAAGCCUCCAACCCCGCCAUCGGUUGCAAGUACGCAGCCGAAACCUGCUUUUUUUGCAGGUCUCAAAUUACUGGCCAAAAACUAUAACUUCUGGAUCCUCUUUCUUGUUCAUGGAUUCAAUGUUGGUCUCAGCGUCGCUUUUGGCACGAUAUUCACACAGAUUAUUGCACCAUAUGGAUAUACAGAUGCCGAGGCGGGUCAGAUGAAUGCGGUUGCCUUUUUUGCCGGUACUCUUGGAUGUUCCGUAGCGGGACCGGUGCUUGAUACGACAAAGCAACAUAAACUGUUCCUGCGUCUUAUUGCGCCUCUUGUAUUUGCCACCGACGUAGGAUUUGUAUUCAUCAUUCGAGAAGAUUCUUAUGCAGCGAUCCUUUUUGUGAUGAUCAUGAACCAAUUUUUCCUUUCGUUCCUGGUGCCGACGGUGAUCGAAUUAGGCAGUGAAACUUCCUAUCCUGUAGCCGACGCUACCAGUAAUUCGCUUCUUUGGCAGAGCGCGCAAAUCUUGGGUUUCCUCAUGAUCCUGAUUAUGGAUAUGCUACGAGAUACCAAAGGAACGCCGCUCAACAACAUGCGCAAUGCUCUCAUUUUCCAAGCUGUGGUUGCUGGGGCGAACAUGCUCUUAGCCUUCGCCUUCAAUGGACGCAUGGCGCGCAGUGAAGCGAUUGCAAAAGAAAAAGAACAUUUGUUUCAAAUAUUGGAUGAAAAACAAGUACAACGACAAUACCCACAGCACGAUAAUUUAGAGCAUGACACCGACACACCAAUAACUCCAGCCGAUGACAGCCUCGGAAUCUAUCCUAAAGCAGGCGAAGGAUCGCAUACAUUAAUCUCUUCUAUGUAACCUACCGCGGAAUACACCACUGGAUGUCCUUCAAAAUAUGACUAGUGAUGGUCGUCGAUCUGCAGUUUAUUUUUUAAUGGAGAAAUACAUUUUUUUAAUGCCAUGAAUUUAGCAUCCUGAUUACAGCCACGUAAAUAUCUAAUCAUCAAACUCGGAAUCCGAGCCUGUUGCUGUGCUCUGAAAUAUACUCUUCUGUUUAGCCUCCAUAUUUGGAUUUUCCUUCCGUCUUAUAACGCCUAAGAUGAU